AUGUUGAUUUUACCAAGUCUUCUGUUCUAUCAGCAAAUCUGUUUUGCUUUUGAAUACACUGAUGAACUCCACUCGAAUAGGGUCGCCCUGUUAGAGAGGACUAUUGGAAAAGAACAGAUGAAUUCAGUGCAUAGAGAAUUUCAGUCAAUGAGAGUGGAGGAAAAAACAGAUAUUCCACAUCCAGACUUCAGUAAAACAGAUAAUAAACCACGUAUUCAAGAAACUGAAUUACACACACCAGAGAAAGACACGUACGAUUCAAAACUUAAAACUUGUGAUGAUCGGCGACCAGGAUCCAAUGGUGGAAAGACUACCAGUAUCUUAUUGUUCUCACACCUCGUGUCUGGUGUUUUUGUCAUCAUUGGAAUCAAUGCAGUGGAACAGGCGUAUUCAGACAAAGCUAAAACAAGAGCGUGGGUCGCAAUGAUGAUAUCUGUUUCUCUUGGAUUGAUAUCUCUGAUUAUUCUCAUCGUGUCUGGUUGCAGAAGAAGACUCACCACCGAAGGACACAUCCAACACAAACUUGCCGAUCCAUCUCUGAAACUCAGAAUAAUUUUCCUCUGGAUAUUUGGACUAGCAGUUAUGGUACAUGUUUCCAUCUAUGCUGCUAUUUAUAUAGAAUGCAUCGUUUUGUUUUCCUUAAGAACAGCUGAAAUGAUUCUUUCAAUGAUGAGUAAUGUGAUUCUACUACUUUUUCUUUUGAUUGAGUUGAGUUUUAUAUCAUAUUACCAAAGCAAAACGAUUAUAAAAAACUUCCUCGUGAACAUUUCAAGUAUUUUUAUUCUUGUGGCAAACUUCGUCAUCUGGUUCAAUAUAGUUAUUAGCAAUAUUUCUGUAUUUCAACUUGCAAACAACACUGUCCCUAGAUAUAGCAAUGAGUCUUAUUGUUUCCGAACAUCCAACAUACAACAUGGAUUAGCAGAGCAAUUAUCACCUAUCUUAUUACCAAUGAGAAUGGAGUUUUGUAUCCUUGGCUCAAGUUUUAUUAUUUCAUUUUUGGGUUUGCCAUUUGACAGUGCAACGAAUGACUCUAAUAGUCAAAGAAAUCAAAAUUUAAAAGAAACCAUAAAUUAUACAUUAGAUCUUCACGAAAGAAAACUGCAUCAAAUGGGACGAAAUAUUUGUGUAGCAUUAUGUGGAGUUUUCAUCAAUUUACCAAUACUUUUUGCAACUGUAUUGCUCGUGUUUGCAUACAACUGGAAUAGUGAUGGUCUUAUUCUCCUACUCCAAAUUGGCGAGUGUGUGAGCACGUUUAGCGGUAUUCUAACUGUUUAUAUAUGUAGUUAUCAUCUAAACAAAAACUUCAGCUACUCUACUAGACAAUCAAAAUUGACCACCAAUGAAUAUAUCCUAAUUCUAACUUCCUCUGGUAUGGUGACUUACUACAUGUUUGGAUUAGUGACCGCUUUUUCAAAUCACUCCACUCCGCUAAAAAUGUUUCUUUGCAGUCGUUUAUUUUUUCUGAUUGAUACUUUUCUGCAAACACACCUUUUAAUCAAAGUCAGGCGCUAUCCCACGAAGGGAAAAUCUUCAAAUCUUAUUUCCUCUGGCGGAAUUAUUCUGAUGUCGACCAAUCUUAUUCACUGGUUUCUAAAUUCUUAUAACCAGCAAAGAUUUCACAAAGAAUUAGAGCCCGGGCUCGUUGGAUGGGAAAGCUGGCUGUAUAUACAAAAUAUACUUGUUCCGUUGAUGUUAUUCUAUAGGUUUUACUCGGGUAUCAGUGCAUACUCUUUGUAUUAUAUGUUCAAGCCAAAACAUUGAGACAAUUUAUCAUUUAACAUGUUAAAAAAAUGUGCAAUUUCUACAGACUGAGCAUAAUCUUGAGCAUAAUUCUAGAUUAAUUGAUUUUUCACCUUUUUUAUUUUUAUUUGA